AUUACGUUAAUGGUCCACUAAUUUUAAAAAAUGUUAACCAGAUUUAGGAUGGUUCAACACCACAACUAGCUUCAUUCAUUAUAUAAAUGCAGGGCAGCUAGCAGUCGAAACAAUGUACCAAGACAGAUUCUAAGCAAUGUUGUUCUUAUUCCACUCCUUUUACACUCUUCUUCCCUUGUUCUUCCCUUUAGUCUUCCUUCUGAAAUGGUUCUCCAACCCAAAAACCAAAACAAAUCUUCCACCUUCUCCAUCAAAGCUCCCAAUUAUUGGAAAUCUCCACCAACUCGGUUUGUUUCCUCAUCGCUCCCUCCAAUCAUUAGCUCAAAAAUAUGGCUCCCUCAUGCUGCUUCAUCUCGGCAGCAAACCAGUUCUCAUUGCCUCCUCUGCCGAGGCAGCCAGCGAGAUCUUGAAAACCAAUGACCUCGUCUUCUCAACUAGGCCUAAAUCGAGCAUCGCCAGUAGACUUUUCUAUGGCAAGGACAUUGCUUUUGUUCCUUAUGGAGAGUAUUGGAGGCAAGUGAGAAGCAUUUGUGUGCACAACCUUCUAAACAACAAAACGGUUCAGUCUUUUCACACCGUGAGAGAAGAAGAAACAACCCUUUUGGUGGAGAAGAUCAAACGAUCUUCUUCUUCUUCUUCUUCACCAGUGAAUUUGACGGAGAUGCUUAUCUCACUCACCAGUGAUGUAGUGUGUCGCAUAGCCUUGGGAGUGAAGUACAGUGAAAGGGGUGACAAGAAGUUAAAGGAGCUGUUUGGGGAGUUUAUGGAGUUGUUGGGUGUUUUCGAUGUGGGUGACUAUAUCCCUUGGCUCGCAUGGCUAAAUCAUUUAAAUGGUUUGAAUGCUAAAGUGGAGAGGGUUGCUAAUGAGCUUGAUAAAUUUAUGGAGGCUGUAGUUGAAGAGCAUAUUGAUAGUCAACUAAGAAAGAGCAACGGUGGUACAAAUGUUGAGGACGAAGGCGACAAGGACUUUGUAGACGUCUUACUUAGAAUUCAAAGAGAGAACAUGAGUACCGACUUUCCCCUUAACAGAGACAGCAUUAAAGCCAUAAUCCUAGAUAUGUUUACUGCUGGAACUGAUACUACAUACACAGCUCUAGAAUGGACAAUGACAGAACUAUUUAGACAUCCAAAAGUCAUGAAGAAACUGCAGAAUGAGGUGCGAGAAAUAGCCAAAGGCAAAGAGGACAUAACGGAGGAUGAUCUAGAGAAAAUGCACUACUUGAAAGCGGUGAUGAAGGAGUCUAUGCGCUUACAUACUCCUGCCCCAUUGCUUAUUCCCCGAGAAUCAACCCAAGAUGUCAAAGUAAUGGGCUACGAUAUUGCAGCUGGCACACAAGUGUUUAUCAAUGCUUCAGCAAUUGGGAGAGACCCCUCGUUGUGGGAAGACACUAACGAGUUCCUGCCUGAGAGGUUCUUGAAUACUUCAAUUGAUUAUAAAGGACAGGACUUCCAAUUAAUUCCAUUUGGAUCUGGCAGGAGGGGUUGCCCAGGAACUUUAUUUGCCAUGACCCUUAAUGAGCUUGCCGUAGCAAAGCUUGUGCUUAAGUUUGAUUUUGCAUUGCCUAAUGGAACAAGAGGCCUGGAUUUGGACAUGACUGAAGUCCCUGGUAUAACCAUCCAGAAAAAGCAUCCUCUGCUCGUUGUUGCAAAUCCGUGUUCUUGCUAGUCUGCGUACUACUUAGGAGAUGAAAAAUCCAACUACGCUAGAAUCGUCUGUUAGAGCUCUUAUUCUCUAUCACCAUCAUAAAUCUAAGCACCUUGAUAUAAAUGUAGCCAUUUGGAUGAGAAGUUUACUUCAUCUCCAACUCCUUUGAA